AUGAUAUUCCUUGAUGUAUAAACAUGCAUGUUAAAAUAUGCAUUUAGUCGCCAGGAAGAAAGCAGCUUUUUUUUGGACGGAAUGCAAAGAUACUGUAUCUUAUGUCUGCUGAAGAUGUAAUAAAUCCUGGUGACAGAAUGACUUUUUUUUAAAGAGUCCCUUGAUUUCUGGAGGGUUUGCAAAGGCAUCAUUCAUCCGCUACUGCUUUAUUGGCGUUCACUUUACUGAAGAAUACAGGAUUACUUCCUUUUUCAAAACAAAAACAUCUGUUCCUUUUAGAUACUUUCUGAAUGCAUAAGAAGAAAGCCUUGCACCGCAGAUUUCUGUGCUUCCCCCCCCUCUCUCUCUUUUGGUAAACUUGUAGCACUCUAACUGGCUGACAAAAGAAAUCUCUGCAAGUGUUUUUUUUGGGAAGGUGGAGAAGAGGAGGCGGGUGAAAUUGAUCAUCACAUAUCAUAAUAGGCCUGGAAAGUGAUGCUGGUCACAUCAACGUGGCGGACAACAUUUGCAGCUCCAAUCGGCAUAUCAUUUGCACGUUUCUGGAUAAAAUGGAGAGGAUGCAGCAGCAGUAAUGUGGCAGGAAGUAUUCGUGUUGAAUUCGAUAUGGAAAUUUGGCUGCGAUGUAUGCACAAGACAUUCUAGAUUGAAACUGAAAUAGUUUUUUCCCUCAGAGGGUGCAGGACAUUGGGGGGGUGAGGGAAGGGGGAGAAAAUGACUUUAAGCCUGGGGAAAGUUAGAUUUGUAUAACGUUGCCUGUGAUGGAUGAUACCAGAUCAAGAUACAAGGGUGCGUUGCCGAAUUGAGAGGAUAUCUUUCGUCCCACCACGGCUUAUUUUUGGGUAGGUUUUAUCUUCCUCUCGAGAGGUGCAGAGCUGUGGACUCAGAGCUGAUAGCGGGGAGUUCUGAUGUUGGAAAUGGAAACAGGAUCAGAGUCGAACCGACACCAGAGGAAGCUUGUAACGCACGGACUGGAAGACCAGAAGAGGAUUUACACUGACUGGGCCAAUCAUUACCUGGCGAAGUCUGGCCACAAGAGGCUCAUCAGAGACCUGCAGCAGGACGUGACGGAUGGGGUGCUACUGGCUGAGAUCAUCCAGGUUGUGGCAAAUGAAAAGAUUGAAGAUAUCAAUGGCUGCCCGAAGAAUCGAUCACAGAUGAUUGAAAAUAUCGAUGUGUGCCUGAGUUUCUUGGCUGCCAAAGGAGUGAAUAUACAGGGUCUUUCAGCAGAAGAAAUCCGGAAUGGAAAUCUGAAGGCCAUCUUGGGUCUCUUCUUUAGUCUUUCCCGAUAUAAGCAGCAACAACAGCAGACACAGAAGCAGCAGCAUCAGCCUUCAGUUGUAUGUCAGCAGCAGGUGCCUCAGCAUCAUCAUCCUCAGCAUUCUCAGUGCCAGGUUGGCCUUCAGCAACAGGCACAGGGCGUACCUUACACCCAACCUCACCACCAAGUGCAACAGCAGUGCCAACAAAAGGCACAGUUGGAAAUGCAGUCAAGUGUGUCAUCCAGGUUACCAUCCCAAAGCAAAAGCACAAGAAUUGCGCCCACUCAGAGAAAGACCUCUAGGCUUCCAGCACCCACCACGAGAUUGUCAGCUGCAGGCAGUGAGACCAAGACUCGUGUGUCCACCAAUGCCAACAACAGGCGCAGUCAGAGCUUUAACACCUUUGAUAAAUCCAAAUCUGGUCACAACCCAGCAGCAAGCAAUGAGAAAGUUCCAGAACCAGCAGACAACACAGCUCAGCAGCCAGGAAUGAAUGAGAAUGUACAGUCUUCUGCAAACAAUAGUGCCAGCAGUAUCGGUGGCCCGUCAGCCAUUCCCCAGCCCAACUCUGUCAAGCCCUGGCGCAGCAAAUCCCUCAAUGCCAAGCACACUGCCACGUCUUCCAUGUUAUCCGUGAAGCAGCCCCAGCAGGAACCACCGAAGCCUCCAGUUGAGCCUACUGCCAAGAACAAUGCCAACAACCAGAAGUCCAUGCUGGAGAAAUUGAAGCUGUUCAACAGUAAAGGUGGUUCCAAGGCUAGUGGAUCCAGCCUGGAGAACUCAGGGCCUCGCGAUGGCAGCUGCGAGAGACUGGAACCCGCUUCCAACUGCAUGGACCUUGGCGACACAGACGGGUCAGCCAAAGGUGUCAGUAGUGCCACACCUUCCUCGAACAGCCCAAAAAUUGCACUAAAAGGCAUCGCGCAAAGGACCAUCAGUCGGGCGCUGAGCAAUAAGAAAAGCUCGCCCAAGGGCAGUGAGAAGGAUAAAGAGAAGCAGAAGGAGAAAGAGAAAGACAAAGGGAAGGAGGUCUCCAAGAGAGCAUCCGUGUCAGAAAAAAUCGAAACGGACAAGGAGACCAAAGAGGAGCCACAGGUCGCUGCUUCUGAAAUGCCAAAAAAAUCCUCCAAGAUCUCGAGCUUUAUCCCAAAAGGAGGGAAGCUGAGCGGUGCCAAAAAAGAUCUGGCCACGCCUCAGCAGAGCGGUAUACCAAAACCAGGGCUAAAAACCUCUACAGGGAAAUCUACAAGUGCCCAAGCUCCUGCAAAGGAUGGAGAGAGACCCCGCAGUGCAAAGCUGAGUGCUGGAGUUGCACUGCAGAAGUCGCAGUUGGACAGCAAGAAUUCCAGUUCCAGUAGUUUAGCCUCCUCUGAAGGAAAGGGGGCUGGGGGGACACCUCCUAUGAACAGUAGCAACGCUCAGGCUGCCACUUCAGUCAGCACAACCCAAACUACAGGAAGUAACACAGUCAGUGUACAGCUACCUCACCCACAGCAGCAAUACAACCACCCCAACACUGCCACUGUUGCUCCCUUCAUGUACAGGUCACAGACAGACAAUGAAGGAAAUGUAAUGACUGAAUCUGGUACAGGGGGAGUGAACAUGGAUACUGUUCUGUAUAGCAAAAAUGGACAAACAUGCAUAGAAGAUCUGCCUGGGGAGGACCCAGAGACUCGAAGAUUACGAACUGUCAAGAACAUUGCUGACCUUCGCCAGAACCUGGAGGAGACCAUGUCCAGUCUACGAGGGACGCAGAUCACACACAGCACACUGGAAACGACAUUUGAUAGCAGCGUUACCACGGAGAUCAGUGGCCGCAGUAUACUCAGCAUGACGGGGAGGCAAACUCCGUUGUCGUGGCGACUGGGCCAGUCCAGUCCCCGCCUCCAGGCAGGAGAUGCUCCGUCAAUGGGAAAUGGAUAUCCUCCACGGGCCAAUGCCAGCCGGUAUAUACACCCCGAAUCAGGCCGCUAUAUGUACACCACUCCGCUCAGGAGGCAGCUGGCAUCACGCAGCAGCAGUGUAUGUCACUCCGAUAUUCCCGAUAAGAGUGGCGAUGAGAUGGAUCUCGAGGGCGUCAACAUGGACGUAGCUGGAUACAUGAGCGACGGUGAUGUCCUGGGCAAGAACUUGCGGACUGACGACAUUGCUAGUGGAUACUUGACGGAUGGUGGGUUGGGACUUUAUACUCGUCGACUUAACCGCUUGCCAGAUGGAAUGGCUGCCGUGCGAGAAAAUGUCCAGCGUAAUACAUCUGUAGGCCUGGGUGACGCAGACAGCUGGGAUGACAGCAGCUCGGUCAGCAGUGGAAUUAGUGACACGAUAGACAACCUCAGCACUGACGACAUCAACACGAGUUCCUCCAUCAGCUCGUAUGCCAACACACCAGCCACCUCCCGCAAAAACCCUGAUAGCCAGUUACAGACAGAUGCAGAGAAGCAUUCAGACAGAAACUCUACUUGGUCUGGUGAAGAGCUAAAACGAUCAGACGGUGGAUCAGACAGUGGAAUAAAGAUGGAUUCCAGCUCAAAAUGGAGACGAAACCCGUCAGAUGUUUCCGAUGAGUCAGAGAAAAGCAGCUCAAAUAAGAAGACGACAGUAAUUUCCCAGACAGGAUCAUGGCGUCGAGGGAUGACUGCUCAGGUUGGAAUCACCGCACCAAGGGCUAAGACAUCUACAAACACACUCAAAGGGCAUGGUGCAGCAAAAACUGAUGAUGCUAAGGUGUCAGAAAAGGGGAGGUUGUCUCCUAAGUCUACAAACGUUCAUCGUUCUCCUUCAGAUGUAGGCCGCAGUAGUGGAGAUGAAGGGAAGAAACCUCCUUCCAGUGCUUCACGCUCAACUGGAGGAACGAACACAUUUGGUUUCAAGAAGCACGGAGGCUCUUCAGGAGGCAUCACUAUGAUAACAGCAAGCGGUGCCACUAUUACCAGUGGGUCUGCAACCCUCGGCAAGAUCCCCAAGUCGUCAGGCCUUGUGGGUAGAACGUCUGGUCGAAAAGCUAGUGUCGACUGCUCCCAGAACACUGAGGAGAAUUACCUUAUCCUAAAUGCACGCACUAACUUGCAGUAUCGAAGCCUGCCUCGACCCAGCAAAUCAAAUAGCCGGGGCACUGGGAACCGGUCUAGUACCAGCAGCAUAGACUCCAACAUCAGCAGUAAGUCGGCAGGUCUUCCUGUUUCAAAACUGAAAGAGCCAUCUAAGGUAGCCUCGGGCAACCCAGUGCCUCCGUUACCUAACCAGACUGAUAAAGAGAAGGGUGUAUUGUCUGACACAGAGAGUGUGACUUCAUCAAACUCUGUCAAAGCAAAUCCUUCACAGAUUGUAACCAGCAGCUCUCAGAGUACUCGACAACAAGGUUCCAAAUAUCCUGACAUAGCUUCCCCCACCUUACGCAGACUGUUCGGGGUCAAGCCAAGUGCUAAGCAAGCGCCUGUCACAACAGCUGAAAACAUGAAGAACUCCACAGUCAUCUCCAAUCCCCAUGCCACCAUGAGCCAGCAGAGCAGCCUGGAUUCUCCCCCUUCAUGUUUAGGCAGCGGAGGCAGCAGCCCACUCUAUAACAAGACCGCGGACAUGAUACAGUCUCCCUUGGCUUCCAGUCCAGCAUCAGUCCAUUCCAAUGGUGCGCCUUGGGGCGCCAGUCUGACUAGCUCAUCCACCAUUAGUAAGGAGGGUCCAGGUUAUCAGUCAGUAAACAGUCUGCACACCAGCUGUGAAUCCAUUGACGUCUCUCUCGGCAGUGGAGGUGGUCUCAGUCAUCACAACUCAACUGGUGGUUUGAUCCCUUCCUCCAAAGACGAUUCUCUUACUCCUUUUGUGAGGACUAACAGCGUUAAGACAACUUUGCCUGAAAGCCCUCUCUCUUCCCCAACUGCUAGCCCCAAAUUCAACAGAAAUACCUUACCAAGGAAACAAGACAGUGAUCCACAACUUGAUAGGAAUACCUUGCCUAAGAAAGGAUUCAGGUAUACUCCUUCAUCUCAACCACGAAGUAAUGAUGAGACAAAAGAGUGGCUGCGUUCACAUUCUGCAGGUGGACUGCAGGAGAAUAUCAACAAUUCACCAUUUUCUCCAGGAUCUAGUAUCACCUCACCCUCUGGAACAAGGUUUAACUUUUCCCAACUAGCGAGUCCAACCACUGCUGCCCAGAUGAGCCUCUCCAACCCCAGCAUGCUACGAUGUCACAGCGUGUCCAAUCAGGAUGGAUCACAUGAUCCGUACAGCGAUUCCAGAUUUCGGAACAGUUCGAUGUCCCUGGAUGAGAAGCACAGGACAAUGAGCCGCUCUGGAUCAUUCCGGGAUGGAUUUGAGGAAGUUCAUGGGUCAUCUCUAUCUCUGGUCUCCAGCACAUCUUCCAUUUAUUCAACGCCAGAGGAAAAGUCCCAGUCGGAGAUCCGCAAACUUCGCCGAGAGCUGGAUGUUUCCCAGGAGAAAGUGGCAGCACUGACGACACAGCUGACUGCUAAUGCUCACCUUGUAGCAGCCUUUGAGCAAAGCUUAGCAAACAUGACAGGAAGGUUGCAGAGCUUGACUAUGACGGCAGAACAGAAGGAUUCUGAACUUAAUGAAUUGAGAAAGACCAUUGAACUGCUCAAGAAACAAAAUGCAGCUGCCCAGGCAGCUAUAAAUGGAGUCAUCAACACACCUGAACUCUCCUGUAAAGGAAAUGGUACAGCUCAAUCAGCAGACCUAAGAAUCCGUCGCCAGCAUUCAUCGGACAGUGUGUCCAGUAUUAACAGUGCCACCAGUCAUUCCAGUGUGGGCAGCAGUGCAGAGGUCGACUCGAAGAAAAAGAAGAAGAAGAACUGGUUAAGAAGCUCCUUCAAGCAAGCUUUUGGCAAAAAGAAGUCUCCAAAGUCUGCUUCAUCUCAUUCAGACAUUGAAGAAAUGAACACACCUGAUUCAUCCUUACCAUCCUCUCCCAAGUUUCCUCAUAAUGGAUCAACUCCAUCCACCCCAGUGAUGAGAACAUCGCACUCCAACUCGCUCAUCUCGGAAUGCAUCGAUGGUGAAGCUGAGACAAUCAUGCAGCUGCGCAGUGAGCUGAGAGAGAAGGAGAUGAAGUUGACCGACAUUCGGCUCGAGGCGCUGAGCUCCGCUCACCAACUGGACCAGUUGCGGGAGGCAAUGAACAGGAUGCAGACUGAAAUUGAAAAGCUGAAGGCUGAGAAUGACCGACUGAAGUCUGAGACUCAAGGUACCUGCAGUCGGGCCCAGUCACAGCUUUCCAUCUCUUCGUCCCCACGCCAAUCACUCGGCCUUUCCCAGCACAGCCUUAACCUGACAGAGUCCAGCAGCCUUGAUAUGCUACUUGAUGACAAUGCAGAUGGCUCAACCCGGAAAGAAGGCAGACAUGUGAAAAUUGUCGUCUGCUUGCAAGAAGAGAUGAGAUGGAAGGAGGAAUCUCGAAUCCGACAGUAUAUAGUUGGCUGCAUUGGCGUCAGUGGUAAGACAAAGUGGGAUGUUUUGGAUGGCGUGGUACGCCGACUAUUUAAGGAGUAUAUUAUCCAUGUGGAUCCAGUAAGCCAGUUGGGGCUGAACUCAGACAGUGUGCUGGGCUACAGCAUAGGAGAUAUCAUACGCACUAAUAACGUGGACACGCCUGAAUUGUUACCCUGUGGCUACUUAGUAGGAGAAAGCAACACAAUCACCAUGUCACUGAAAGGGUUGUCGGAGCACAGCUUUGAUUCUCUCGUCUUUGAGACACUAAUUCCAAAGCCUAUGCUGCAGCGUUAUGUCUCCCUGCUGACGGACCACCGCCGUAUCAUUCUGUCAGGACCAAGUGGGACUGGGAAAACCUUCCUGGCCAACCGGCUCGCUGAGUACAUGGUGCUCAGGGAAGGUAGAGAACUUGCAGAUGGAGUCAUCGCAACCUUUAAUGUGGAUCACAAGUCCAGCAAGGAGCUCCGUCAGUAUCUUUCAAACCUUGCAGAUCAAUGCAAUAGUGAAACCAAUGCGGUGGACAUGCCCAGUGUGAUCAUCUUGGACAAUUUGCAUCAUGUUGGCUCCCUUGGCGAGAUCUUCAAUGGCCUCUUGAACUGCAAGUACCAUAAAUGCCCUUACAUUAUUGGCACAAUGAACCAGGCUACAUCUUCCACUCCCAAUCUCCAACUUCAUCAUAACUUCAGGUGGGUCCUGUGUGCUAAUCACACUGAGCCAGUUAAAGGUUUCUUAGGCCGCUACCUUCGUCGGAAACUGAUAGAAACUGAGAUUAGUACGAGAACACGAAACACUGAACUAGUCAGGAUCAUUGACUGGGUCCCCAAGGUCUGGCACCACUUGAACAGAUUCCUGGAGGCUCACAGCUCAUCUGAUGUUACCAUUGGUCCUCGACUGUUCCUGUCCUGUCCAAUGGAUGUUGAUGGUUCAAGAGUUUGGUUUACAGACUUAUGGAAUUAUUCCAUCAUCCCGUACCUGCUGGAAGCAGUGAGAGAGGGGCUGCAGCUGUAUGGAAGAAGAGCUCCUUGGGAAGACCCGGCCAAGUGGGUGAUGGAAACAUAUCCGUGGAUUGCUACACCACAGCAACAUGAGUGGCCCCCUCUACUACAGCUGAGGCCUGAAGAUGUCGGCUUUGAUGGUUUCAUACUGGCCCGGAAUGGUGGCUCCAGUAAACAAGCCCAACAGAGCGACGCUGAGGGAGACCCCCUUAUGAAUAUGUUAAUGAGGCUACAAGAAGCUGCAAAUUACUCAAGUCCCCACAGUUACGACAGUGACUCAAAUAGCAACAGCCAUCAUGACGAUAUUCUUGAUUCUUCUCUGGAGUCCACGCUUUGAUCAAGCAUUCUGCCAAAAUAAUCCAUCACUUCUGUCCAACAUUCCUCUGAACACUUCUGUUGAAGGUGAGGACUCAGAAGAGGAAUGAAAACUGACCAAUAACUUUGUUGGACAGAAGCCUUGGUUUAUAAAAAAGAUGGGGCUUCAAGUACAAGACACUUUAAUUCAAUUUUAAAUAUUGUAGCUCUGGUGGGUGCAGGUAACCCUAGGGAGACUAAAUUUUGGGUUUUUACCCUGCCUGUUUUGUUAUAUAAAUGAGAACUGCACUAUUUCUUCAUUUAAUUGCUGGAGGCAGUUGUGCCAAGCCAAUGAGGAAAUGUUGUACGCUGCAUAAAAUUAGUAAGACCUGAUUUUAAAAGGUAUGGACCUGACAUCAUUGUGCCAUGUACUGCCCUGAAAAGAUGUAUCCUAUGCUGCUCUCAGCCAAACAGUCAGCAGACACUGGACAUUUCAACCAACUCCUUCAAUAAUGGAGAGCGAGGGAGGGGGGGUGGGUUGGUGGGGAAGAGGUGGUGGAUGCGGACACCUUCCCCCCCCUCCACUGAAGGCGGUUUUGGUGCUAACGUAACCCACCCAUGUUGCUCUUUUGAAGUUGGCUGGGUUCGAAAGACAAGCCGGCACAAGAAUUUUGGUCUCGAUUUCAUCCACAGUCUGCACACACUGAGCACAGGUUGCUUCACCGACAGGCCGACUGCCGAAAGCAUGGGUGCUCCUUUCCGAGACCAUGAGAAACAAGCUCUGGGAACACAUGGUUGAGCCAGAAAUCAACACUGAAGGUCCCCAUUUUCUCCUCCUCUCACUUUCCUUAUUGAGAACACACGCAUACAGGCACAUGUAUGCAUGCAGAUACACACACACACAGACACAGACACAGACACACACACACACACACACACACACCUUGAUUGUCACUAAGGCUUGUCUCCUCACCAGGACUAGUAACACCUCCACUGGAGUUGCACUUUUUCUUUGCAAAAACAUGAAAGAGAAGCUGGAUUGAGCUGUACCUCAGCGAAGAAACGCAAUCCUUUAGCCAAAUCCACGCAAGCCUUUUUUUUUACAACGACUGGUGCUGGAAAUAAAUGAUGCCUUACUCUUGCUCUCUCUUUUGUACUGGUUUUCCGGUUGCUUUACUUUGCUAUUUAUUUUGUAUUGUUUCUGGAAAAAAACAGGGCUGGAAUUUCAUCUCAAAACGUUAAUAAGAGUCGAGUUGUUUUUAGUCAGUGUUGUUUCAAAUGAUAAUCGAGUCAUAUGUUAUAAGCAAGACAAACAAGGAGGAAAAUCAAUGAUUUCUUGGUUCAUGAUCAGUCUGCAGCUCACUGUGUUUUGUACUGUGGGGGUAAAUCUGCUUACAGUAAAACACUGGACUGCAGAGUUUGAUAUUUUGUCCAGAAGGUGAUGCUGUCAAUGCAACAAAAAAAAAUUCUUGAUAGACACUACAAAAAUAAUGUAUAAAUACUGAAAUCAGCCAGUGACUGAGUAAUAGAUUUUUAAUUGGAGUGCUUGUUGUGCCGUGCUGUUGUCCCCUGCUUUUACGUGAUGUAUUAACACACAAGCUGGUGUUUAUACACUUCGACUGAUCAAUGUGUUUCUCUAUACCUCAAUGGGUUUGUUUAUGCUGCCAUUAAACUGUUGUUACUGUAUUCUGAUCAAAAUUUUUCCAUUGUUGCAUUGAAACUGUGAUGAAAUGGUUCAGCUCAGAAGAGGUGAAGGGAAUGCGGGCCAACGCUCAAUGAAUUACUUCUGAGCACAAUUUUCUUUUGUUUAAACGUGUAAUUAUUUUUUUAAAUGCUUCCAGAGAUUUUUCUUUACAUCCUUUCACGUCAACAGUGUCUGGUUGUUUAAUGGUGUUCUAAGUUUAAGAUGCUAUGCAAUGUUCAUGCUAAUUCUUAACGGGAGCCAAAAAAAAAUCUUUUUGUUUUCAAUACUGCCAACAAUUGUACAGGCUGAAAGAGACUUGUAAAUGGCUUUAGCUUAAUUUCUAGAUGGUGUUUUCUGUAAAUUUUGGGAAAUCUGUUCAGUGAUGAAAUGCUGAUCAUAGUAAUGAAUAUUGUACCAAACCCAUAUUUGUUACUUGUGAUAAUUUUCACAUGCUUGUUUAAAUGGAAAACUAUUUGUAGGAUUUAGUGAUUUAAGUGUUUUGAAUGUGUUUAAUAUGAUGUACAUUUUUUCAUUGUAACAUAAAUUGUAAAUAAUUGAUUACAGUGAUGCAUUUUGAUGAAUUUUCUAGCCAUUUUUAAAACACUAGGAAAUGAGUAUUUUGUGUACUGUAUGAUGUGUCAUCCCAUUUGAAUCAAGUUCUGGUCACUCAUUGGAUUCAAUACGGCCUAUACAAGACCAUGUCUCAUUUGAGGAAUAAAUCUAGUUAUUGUGCCAGUCUUAAAUUAUUCCUGAUUCAAUAAAAUGAAUGCUUAUUUAUUCAA